AUGGAUGACUAUUCCGCCCACUGGAGAGACACCCUGAUGGGAUGGGACUUUUGGAAAAGCGCCACUGUCUACGAGGAAGAGCUAGAUCACAAGCAGGAGCAGGAGCAGGCGAAAAACCUUCACACUCGCUUCCCCUUCAACCUGGGCCCCGAACAGGGCCUCCACUCAGCCGUCUCCGCCGAUGAGACAACCAAGAAGAAACACCGUCGUGGUCUGAGUGUGAGCGACCUAACACUCACUCGAAAGGGAAGUCUGCGCCGCAGUGCUUCCGUCGCAAAUGCCGUUUCUUCUUCGCGUCUUCGAGACUUCAGCCGUCUCAGAAACUCGCCCUCGAAGAAAUCUGCAACUAGAUCGGUCGGGCCGGGGGGUGCAAAACACCGACCUGUUAAACCCUUCACUCUUUCCAAACCCGAGUCGGUUUUCCAUGGACCUGCCCCGGAAAGCGAUGAUAUCGCCACGGCAGCAGACCCGCUCUCCAACUUCAAAGGCGUGGAGACGUGGGAGCGUCUGUCCGAGAACAAGGAAUCGUUGGAGUUGGAUCUAUUCCGCCCCGUCAAAGACGAUGAUCCGCUCUUCGACAUCACCGAACUGAAGCCGCUGUGUUUGUUUCGUCGCCUGCGAUCGCUCAAACUCACGGGCAUGUUGCAGUCGUACCAGACCAUUAUCUGGAUGACGGCCUGGCUGAAUACGGACCUCGAGGAGCUGGAACUGGGCAUGGCCAUGGAGCCGGAGGUGGUUAGCCUUUCUCAUGCUGGACGGUGGACGCUCAUCCGGGAUGGGUGGAAGAUAGACAAGGGGCUUAGUGGAGCGCCUGUUUACUAUGGCCAAGGAAAUGGGACAUUGCAUCCGGAUAUUGGACACGGCGAGUAUCUCGACAAGCAGUGCAUUGAAACAGCCAAGGUCCGCGCCUUGGCCAUGGAUCAUACCGCGAAGUGUCUGCAGAUCAAAACACUCACCUUGACUGGAUUUGUAGUGGAUGCAGACCCCUUCCUGCAUUGGUUCGACCCCAAGAGGCUGCGCAAGAUCUGUUUCAAGGGAAACUGUGUUGAUUCUGGAUUCUGGUUGUCUCGAGGGAUGAGGAAGGUGGUUGUGCGUUCCACAAAGACCAUUGAUCUCGAUCCUAUCCCGGUGGGUAUUGUGCCGCUGGAAUUGAAGAAGGACCUGAAGGUUGUGGAUCUGCGGGGUGGAAAGAAGGUGCACGAGGCAGCGUUCUGUGGAAUAAACAAGCUUCUGGAUGGUUCGAGGAAGGAGACCUGA